UAGUGGCCAAACUUCAGUCGGUGCUCAUGUACACCUAUGCUUGAAGCGGGAGACUGCCUAAUCUAUUAAUAAUCUUCAUGAGCCAAGGAUGAAUAGAGCAGAGAUAUAAAUAAGUAAAAGCAAGUUCUCGGUUAAUGAAACUUCUACCAUUAGUGUUUUAGUGUAUCUACUGAAAGUGCUCUUGCUUUUUUUUUUUAAUUCUCAUUUGUAGCAAAUUGUUUAUAAAUAAUUGUAAAUGGACAAUCCUGACACUGUGAAAAUUCUGCGUUUCAUAGAUAAAUUAAGUAGACACAAGAUGUUAUUCAAUAUGUUUUUUGCAUUGCUUUGCAUCAGUGUAUGUCUUAGGGGUGUAGUGGAAGCUUCUGUUUCAGUAACAGAAGUUCACGCUGGAAACCUAGCUGAAUUACCAUGCUUAAGCAGUGAUGAUAAUCAUAGAUUUAUGUUUUGGCAAGUUACUGAUGAUGUAAUUAUUGGCCCUGGAAACGCUUUAGAUGAAAGUAAAUAUAAUUAUGAAGUUCUGACUGGAAAAUUAAUGAUAAAGGGUGUGUCAACAGCUGAAGCUGGUUUUUAUAAAUGUGUAGCAAGAGGUAUAGAAGAUAAUUCAGCGAUCAAAAUUCAUGUCGUUGAAUUGAUUGUGCGCAAUCCUCAAAGUCUGAAAGCAAGCUCUUUUGAGACUAAUUUAUUACUAGGUUUGUUUGUAGUUAUGAUUCUCUUUGUGGGAAUAGCCAUAACACUUCUAGUUAUUAUGAUGAAAAAGAGAAGAUCUCAAAAUGUAUUUGGAGUGAUGGAGGAAUCUAGAGAAAAUUCUCCUGCAAAAUACAUACCUAAUAUAAGUGCACCCUUAGGUCCAUCAAGAUCAUUGGAAUCUACUGGAGGCAUUGAUAACAUGGGCUUGGAAGUUGACUUUUCAAAAGCCUUUCCUCCUUCGUCAAAAAGUCCAAAUUUACCUUUAUGAGUGAAUUCAUAAAUGUAACUAAUAUUCAAGUCAAGAACAUGAUAUUUUUUUACAUUAAAUAUUAAACUUUUAAAAGUGAAUUUUUAAUCAAAACUUGUUUUGUACAUAUAAUAUUAGAUGUAAAUGUUGCUGGGAAAAUUUUGUACAAAAAGACGCUCAACUAAGUUAAAAUUUUCUAAAAAGUUAAUUAAUUAUUGUAAAUAUUUUCAAGAAAUGAUACUGUAGUGUUAGAACUGUAAAAUAAACUAAUAAAUCGUAGAGAAAGGAUAGCAUCUUACUGGUA